AUGAUAAAUUUCAAAUCUUCAGGCAUACAUCAUUACCCACAAAAUUUACAAAAUUCAAACUACAAACUAUCACCACUGAUAAACAAUAAAUAUUCUACUUCAACUACAAUAAUAACAGAUACACCAUCUACUAUUGCUUGUCCAUUAUUAGAUAGUCAAAAUUCAGAUGAGAAUAUGAAUGAAAUGAAUAAUUCACAACUUAACUGCUCUUAUCAUUAUUAUCAGUCAGCAUUGAAGGAAUCAAAAACUGCAGAAACUCAAACAUCACUAACAUCUCAAAUAAUAAUGCCUGCACAGAUGAAUUCACAAAUGCAAUCAGAAAAUAUAAGAAAACAAAUUAAUUUUGAUUUUAACUCACUGCAUCUAAAGAAUCCAACAAUUUCUAUUCGAAGUCGUCUUUUAAAUAAUGAAAGUGAGGAGGAACAUGACGAAGAAGAAAAUCGACAUUUAAGUGAUAUUGAACUUCUUCGACAAGUAUACGAUGAAUUACGAUAUAAAAUAAGCCAAACGUAA